UGGGAAAGCCAGACUGACAUUUAAAAAGAAGUACUUAGCGAGCAAGUUAGAGUUCAUCAAAGUCAAGGUCGAAGAAGAGCAACAGCCAACAGGCAUCGUGCCCCAUCGUUGUUCCCGCAUAGCUUAUCUUGUACCUAUUCCACCUUGUUAUUGUCUCCCUCCAUUGCUUCAAGUUUCUACAUUUUGGGUCACCGAGCAUUGUUCUCGCUUCCAAAUUCUGAGGCCCAAGGUAUCAACGAUGAAUCAUAGCAAAACAGGAGCUUCAUUAUCAUCUUCGACCCGUUUGUCUGCAUCUGCCAAACCCUUUACGCUCAACCGCAGCACCCAACAAUCCACUUUGAAAUUCCCUGUUCAUUCCGGCCAGGAACAUGCUCUGUAUUCGCCCGAUCACGGUAGCUCCGAUCCCUUUGGUUCUUUGCUUGAUUCGUUUCCUAAAUUCAACUUAGCUGCUAAGGGUAACCCGGUAUUUUCUUCCCCUCUGGGUGACUCUGGGUUUGGUCAUGAGGCAGUUUCUGCAGCUUUUCCUAUUGAGCCUGUUUCUCAGACUCAAGCUGACGAAGAGUCCCUUUUGCCGCAUCCUUCGAUGGAUUUUCAAGGAAAUGAUGACUUUGUUGAUCUUAAUGAGUGGGACCUUGAUAUGCCGAAGGAGCUUCAAUUACCCUUACCCGUGUACUGUUCAAACAUUACUGGUUUAGGCUCUGGCACUUGUACUGGGUACGAAAUCAAUCAUGGGAAUCAAGGAAAGGAUUCUUAUGAGAGCUUGUUUGGCAUUGGAAAGGAUGAUGACGGUUCAACUCCUAAUGGGAGCAUCAGUCGAAAAGGCAAAAUGCAAGGUGGUGCCAAACCAAGUUCUGUUCUGAGAUCAAAUAGUGAUGAUCAUCCGUUCAUAUUUUCAACAUCAGAUAUGUCCUCUUCUGCAGAGGUGAAUAAUGUUUCUCACUGUCAAGGCUGUCACAAGCCAUCUGGGGUGACACGCAGUGCCUCUAUUUCAAGUGGAAUUCCAGAUGGGCGAUACUUCUCAGAAAUUUCAUCUUCUACAAGCAACAUUGCUUCUGACUCGACAGGAAGUCUUCGUGCAGAAAUACAUGGACCAUCAAGUCAUUGCUCGAUUCUUUUGCCUUCUGAUUCAUCAAAGAAUAUGGAUCUCUUGACAGGUAGUUGGGGAACUGUUGAUGAUAAGGACUGUUCUAGUUCUAUUUUAUCUGGUUCGAAGGACUCCUUUACCGUAUUUAAUGCUGAAGGCAAAGGAACUGAUGAUGGUGAUACAGAGAAGCCUAAGAAGAUUUUCAAAUCUGUCUCUUUUGAUGCUAGAGGUCACUCAACAAUUACCACAAAUCAGGUCAUGUUGAAGUCUGAUGAAUCCAGUGGUGGUGUUUCCAUUCAAACUUCCAAAAGUUUAGGCGAUAGUGAUUCUGAUUUGGAUUCUCCUUGUUGGAAGGGAAAGAUGACUUCUCAAUCUUCUUCAGAAAUUUUAGGAUCGGUACAAACACAUGAUUUUGAGAAGGAGCUCAAAAAAUCUAAUACUCUGAAUCCUUUGGCACCUCAGUUCUUUCCUGGAAAUGCUGAAGGAAGCAGUCGUCUUGGUGGUAAAAUGGCUGAAGAUGAUCUUUUAUCUUCCAAAUCCAGCGCGCCUUUAGCUGUUCACUUCUUGCCAGCAGAGAACAAACAAACGAAGACUGUGAUGGCAGAUGCACAUCCUGUAGGAUUGAAGGGAGUUGAGCUUCUGCAUUCCAAUAACUUGAAUGAAAGUGUGAAGGCAUUUAACCUUGUCAGUGAUCCGAAAGGUAGCUUUGUACUAAAUUCUACUUGCAUGACUCAGCCUGUUUCUAAGGAAACUAAAGUUGCUGCUGGCAAUGUUGAAGGCUGUUCAAAGGAAACUAAAGAUGAUAUGACCAUGGGGUCACUAAGAGGUUUUCUCCCUCUCAAGUAUCAUUCUCCAACUUCAAGUUCAUCAUCAUCUGAAGCUGGUCUUGUUACUAAGCUUUUUGAAACACUUCAAGGUGUAUCCAAGUCUUUGAUUGAUUCUCCAAAACUUGAUGUUCAGAAAAUGAUUAAUGGAAUGCUUAUUCUUUCUGAGUUGCUUUUACAAUCUUGUGUUCACACAUUAGAUUCACAUAAACAACAUGAUCACGAUACAAUCCAGCACAUAAUCAAUAACCUGAAUGAGUUUAGUGCAAUUUACAGCGGCCUAAUGAUUUCAGCCGUUCAGUCAACUGGCCUGGAUCUCCGUGGCAGGUCAUUAGAGCUUCCCAAGCAUUCGGGAAAUUUAAUUGAGGAAGCAAAUGUUGAGACCUUUGCUAUUCCAACAAAGCUUCAUAAUCAGAAUGAUAAUGGGUUGCGAAGCAAUGUUUCUAAAGUGAUUGCUGAGAGAGGACAAUAUUCUGUAAGAUCAAGCAGUGAUGUAGGCCCUGAGAAAGAAAAUGAAGUUUUUCAGGUUAUAAGGAGAAAUCUUGGCAAAAAUCUUGAUGCUGAGGAGCACUUGCACUCACAGGCUAUGCUGUAUAAAAACUUAUGGCUUGAUGCCGAAGCAGCAAUGUGUUACAUGAGACGGAAAAUUUAUCUCAGGCUUAUGGAAACUGGGAUGGAUGUAAAUCAUGCAGAUCUUGUGGACUUGUGGAGAUGAAUGAGCCUUGUUCGCGAGGCUGCACCCGCAACUAAAAAUUGGUUAUCCGAAGUUCAGUCUGUACAUAUUCAUGAUACACCAUUUCUGGUUUGUACAAAAGCUGCUGAUUCAUGUGGCUGUAGUUAGAUAUCAGUGAUUGGACUUGCACUCUGUAUUUAUCCUCUGCUCACUGUUCUACAUUGAGUCGCUGCUUCUUGUACAAAAUCGACUGGUUCAUGAGGUUGUAAGCAACAUAUCUUGAGUGCAUUUAAAGAAGAAAUAUC